AUGGCAACCACGGUCACUGCCCUAAUCUCGAGCACGAUUACCACCCUCAAGGCCGCCACGGAUUACUACAAUGUUGUCAAAGAUGACAAGGCUCUCUGUGAGCCUUUUCAUGAAUCGGGUCGAGGGCUGCUCCUUGUUGGGAAGGCUCUCCAAAUUGCUAAAACAAAAUUGGGUGGACGCGACCUAGCCGGAGAUCCCCAAAACGCCAUGGACUCGCUGAAGGAAUGCAAUGCCAACGCAGAGCUGUCCAAGAACAUUUUCAACGCCGUCGCCGAAUCACCGGAAACUUCGAGGCUCGACCGUUACAAAGAGGUUGUGAGACAAGAGGGCAAGGGAAGGCCCGUAGAGGUCUUGAUGAUGGGAAUGAUGAAUUACGUAUGUGCCUUAGCUGCGAACGGUGCGAUCAGAGCCGGAAUGGAAGACCAAAUCAACGCGUUGCGCGGUGCUAUUGAGAAGCUGUCAAAGAUGGAGGCGUCCGUGCCCGACGUGAGGUCGAGCGGCACUUUUGCUCAGUAUGGCUCCGGCGACCAACUCAACGCUCCUGGCGGUACCGUGAACAUCAGCAAAGGCAGUGGCAACCACUUCCCCGGGGCUACUUUCUCUGGACCAGUGACGUUUUAA